AUGAGUACUCCUUCACAUUUCAGGAAAAGUUUAAGUAUUUUAUCUGCAGAAUAAGAUUAGGACACUUCUUUUGAUAAGGAAGUAUCAUCAGAUGGAUAGAUAAAAAUAAAAUCUUAAAAAACUGCUAGACACUCAUCUUUUAGAAUAAUUGAUCAACUUAAUUAAAAAGCUAGCUAAACAUAGUAUUAAUAAGAAAAAAAUUUCUCAAGUUAUAAAAAGAAUGCUGCUAGUGAAGUAAACUAGCAAAUUUAGUUAGAGUCGGAAGUAAAUAUUGAACCAUAGAUUGCAAUUUAAGAAACAUUAAAUGAAGAAAAGUCUUUUUAGAGAUUCAUGCAAAUUGUAAAUAAGGAUCCUUCUAAUAGGUCAAUUGUAGAAAGCAAAUAAUUAUAUAAAAAUUUAAAAAGAGUUAGAUUUUUUGAGGAUUUGGAAAAAAAUCAUGGAAUUUAAACAGUCUAUUAAUGCUGUUAAUAUUUAAGAUUUAAAGAAAUAUAAACAGGCUAAAUAUUGUUUUAGUAAGGUGAUAUUGGAGAGGAAUUUUAUAUAAUUAUCCAAGGAUCUGUAUCAGUUUUAGUGAGUUCUUAUGAGUAGGCUAUGGAUGAAGCUGAUGUUCCUCAAGCUGAUUUAAGAAAAAAAGUAUUAAAUUAAAGCAAAGUAAAUUAAAAGCUUGAUUAGUCUUCAUAAAACAAUAAAUUUUAAAAAAAUUCGAAUUUGAAAGAAGUAAGUCCUAACCAUUAUUUAGAAAAGAAAAAGUCAGGCAUAUUAAAAAACUAAUAAGAUCCAUAAGGCUUUAGUUAGCUAAACUAGUUAUAGUAAGAUUCAGUAAUAAAGGACUCUUAAAGUGAUUAAAAUCAAUCUCUUUAGAAAUAAAAAAGCUAGAGUCCUUAACACAUUAGAGAGAGAUAGACUAGUGUUCCUUAGUCUAAGUUAGCUUAAUUUUAGAAAAUUUCUUCAAAAAUAAUUUCAGCUAACAGAUCUUAAAAAAUUAAUUAAUUAAACAUUUAAUCUUCCCCACUAAUUUUAUCAUAGCCAUUACCUUAGAAUAAGUAAAUAUAAGAUUUAAGACACAAUAACACAUCAAAAUAAAUACUCUCGAAAGACACCAAAACUUCUGGUCUAUCAAAAUCUGUUUAGUAAAAUAAGGAUAAUUAGUAACAAAACGAGUUUAAUAAUGAUGGAGUAAAAUUUUCCUCCUCAAACUCAAACGAAACGGUUUUUAUAUAAAGAGAAAUUAAAGUCCUUAAAAAAGGAGAUUCUUUUGGUGAGUUAUCUCUUCUCAAAGGCAAAAAUACUCCGAGAGCAGCUACAAUUAAAGCUAAAGAGCUUACCUAUUUAGUAUUUAUAGUGAAACAAGAUUUUUUAAAUGUGCUGAAGGACAAAGAAACAUAAAAAAUAUAGCACAAUAUAAAUUUUUUUUCUAAAAUUGCUUUAUUCAGUGGCCUUGAAGAUAAUUUUAUGAAAUAAAUCUAUUACAAUUCUUACAUUAAAGAGUACUAAAGGGGUUAAAUAGUUUUCAAGUAAGGGUAAGAAUCAGAUGCUUUUUACAUUGUUAAAGAAGGAGAAUUUUCAUUGUUUAAAAAUUAAUGCAUUCAUCAAAAAGAGCUAACUAAUAAAGAUAACGAAUAAUAAUUUCCUUUUAGCUUUUGUAAAUAGCAAGUCAAGUAAAAUAAGCUAAUGAAAAUUGCAAUUGUAAGUGCAGGUUUUGUUUUUGGAUUUGAGGAAAUACUGCUUAGAGUUUCAAGAAAAUAUUCAAUAUAAUGUGAAAGCAGUUUAGGAAUUCUUAUUGUAAUGAACUCAAAUGAAUUUUAUAGAAAAGUUUAUUCAUAUAGCAAAGUUGUUUCAGAGAGGUUUAAGAAAUAAAUUUAGAUUAACGAAAAUUUUAAUGAAUUUUAAGAAGUGAAAUAGAAUCAAAUUUGCUAACAGUUUAAAAGCUAUAUAAUGGCAGAGCCUACUAAUAAAAAAAUAUUAUCUUUGAAAAAAUAGCUUAAUGAUCUACUUAUAUCAUCAUAACCUUAAGUAUCAGUGUUUAAAAAGUCAGAUUAAAAUAAAGCAGAUAAUUUUUAUACAACAAAGCUAAACUAAAUAUUUGAAAAUCGUAAAAAUUUAGAAGGAACUUAUAAAAAUAUUUAAGAAUCUUAAUAAGAUAUAAAGGAUCAUGUUAAUUAUAGGAGCAUUAGUUGCUUCACAGAUGUUCUCAACUCUCCUAAAUGUUAAAAUCAAAUUUUUUACAGUAAAAAUCAAAGUACUCACUAUAAUUUUAACCAAUUUUAGCCAUUUUAAUACAAUUUGAAUGAAAAAAAUUAGAAAUUUCCACCUUUAGAAAAAUCUAUAAGCUAGAAAAGCUUUCAUGUAUCUAUUUAAUAAAAUAAUGAGAGGUAUGAAAGUUCUCCAAAAGAGAACAGUACUGCACUUUCUAUGAGUGGAUAUGGUUUCAACAACAGCUUUAACCACUAAAAAUAAUAAGACAAUUUCAUUUUGUAAUUCAAUGAUUAACCCACUGAUUAAGAUUAAAUUAUCGAACAAUCUUAAUUCUAUGAAAAAUCUUAUUAUAAAGAUUAAUUUCCUAAUCAACUUAAUAAUAUGGAGAAGGCAAAUAACCAGAAUUAAAAUGAAAAUUAAACAAUUAAAAAAUAAGAAAUGGAUCUUAAUUAAAUGUUUUUUAUUUAACCUAAUUAUAAAAAAAAUAUCAAGUAAUUAAAAUCCUAAAAAAAUUAUUUUUCUUUAAAUUCAUCUUAGAUUACUAUUGAUUAAGUACAAACUGGAUAAAAUUCAAUGACCACUCUAUUUAAUUAGCAUCCGCUAUUAUAAUUGAAAUAAAAGUAGUAAUCUUUUCAAUCAAAUAGCUAAGAUAUAAAUUUAAAUGAAACUUAGUUUAUAUAAAAUAUUUAUUAAAGAUGUAAAAUUGAUACCACAAAAAAUAGAAAAUCCUAAUCAUUAAACAAUACAACUUAAAAAAUUUAAACUUAACCAAUAAAAGAGAACUAAAAUUUUUACUAAAGUCAUAUAAAAUUAUUCAUUAACGAUUUUAAUAACCAAAAAAGAAGAAAUUAAUUUUUGAGCAUAUCGAAAGAAGAAAAACCAAUUCAAAAAAAUAAUAUUGAUUUGCUAAAUUUAGAUAGAAAUUUAACUUAGGAAGAUAAGAAUUACGAGUUGUUUGAAAGAAAAAAAUAAGAAUUAGAAAGUUUAUUAAGGUAAAAAGAAGAGAAUAAGAAAAUAAUUACAGAAGAGACUUAUCAAGAUAAGCAAAAUAAGUUGAUAUUUGGCCACUAUCAUUAAUUAAAAAGAAAGCAUCAGCAAUUCUAAUUCUUUGAAAGCCUUUAAUAAAAAGUAAACCAAAAAUCAAAGCUUAAUAAAUCUGAGAUUUUGAAUGUGUUUUUUUCAAAUAUGCAAAAAAAUUAAGAGGUUUAUAAUAAAUCAAAGAAAAAAAAUGAAAAGUGGAGAUUUAGUAAAUAUUAUGAUUUUAUUUUAAAUCCCAGUAAAUACGCUGAAAAAAUAGCAAAAAAACUAUCAAAUAAUACUAAUAGUUGA